AUGGACUUCUCCCAAUCAUCAGCAACACUAUCAGAGCUCUUUGAUCCAUCCAUGGGUAAUCUCACUGCAGGUCUUGAAAGUGUUCAAUUGGAUAAGAUAUGUCCCGGAGGAUUUACCCAUCUAUUUACUCAAUUACGUCGUCGUUCAAAUCUGAUCACAUCAACUCAUAUUGCUUAUGCAUGUUACUUUGCUGCGCUAGUUAACCGUAUCAAACGCGCAGGUGAUAAACUGAAAUAUGCGCCGGGAAAGAAACGAAGCCAUCGGCUAAUGGCAGAACUACGUCGUGAUGCUGGCUUCAAAAUCGGUAUCAUCGGUGCUGGACGUAUCGGACAUUUACUAGCAAAGUUUCUUCUACAGUAUGGCGAUGUCUACCCCGAUGAAUUAUAUCUGUCCAGCCGACAAGCUGAUCUGUUAACUGACAUGAUCGACAGUGGCGUGGCAUUUUGUAAAUUUAACAAUGCUCAUAUUGUUGAGCAAUGUGAUAUCGUGUUUCUUUGCGUUGCACCGCAUCACAUUCGUUAUGUCAUUGACGAUAUACGUGAUCGAAUUAAACCACAUGUCUUAUUCUAUACCCUUAUUCUGGGUUAUCCAACGUUAAAACUUUCAUCCCUAUUACAGCAUACACAUUUUAUUAAGCCAUCAUAUCAGUUCAACGUGCUCGUUGAUGACGACGAAUCAUUGUGGCCACUAGCAAAUGAUAUGGAAACUAUAUUUGGAAAUGAAUUAUUAAUGAAAAGACUCAGUUUGGAAAAUGUAGACCAAAACGAUAGCCUCGUUCGAGAUGAUGACUUUGUUCCAUCGUUAUUCUAUGCUCUAUUGAAUAUUAUCAAGCAAAACACAACAUUGAAUCGCAUUGAAUCAUUGAGAGUUGUUUCAGCAUCGCUAUUCAACAAUCCAGAUCUUGAUAUAAUUCUCGAUGAAUUCAAACAGCCUGAAACUAAGAAGACGCCGACGAAUGAAUCGUUUUCAGAAUUCAAUCUUGUUCAUUUACAAACAGAAGCGACCGUGAUUCGAAAUUUACUGAAUAACAAUCCCAAUCUACGUCAAUUAUUUUCAGAUACAUUUAUAUCACAUUAUAUUCAAAUAAAACCAACUCAUUCGUAG